CUCUGUGUGAAUUAACCCGCCAGGAGCUCGCGCCGCAUUACUGAGAAAAGGACGUGUUUCACCUGAUGUCGCAGGAUGAGUCACCCACCGUGCCCAACACUGAUGUAGCUGUUAUUCGUGUUACUGUACAGAGUCUGAGAGACUUACAGCUCUCUAUUGAUGCUCCGAGAGCUAGAUUGGAAGCUUUUCAAGAAAUCACAUCGUGGCUACGGUCCUUGGCCACCACUCGCCGUAGUACAGGUUCCAUACCAUCGGAGAUAGACCAGGCCAUCAGAAUCCUCCUGCGCUUGAGAUAUACGUGUAGAUUCGCAGACAUAAGGAGUGUGGCUGAUAACUUCCUAGCUGCUCAGAGGAACUCUGGUAUUGCAGUCGCAGCUCGUUAUAUCAAUACGGAGGUCAGCAGAUUUUCGAAGAAUCCCCACCUUGUGACGGUGCCAGCUGUGGAUUGGUCACUAUUUGACUCCUCCUCAGCUGCCAGGAUAACGCACAUAGAAUGGGCUAUAUCGACCGUACCACGAUUCUAUGUAAACUACGCUAGAACCAUGGAUAUUCUCAUGUUUCAAGAGGGAGGCUUGCAGCUCCACUGGAGGCACUUCAUAGCCAUGAUGGCAGCCUCUCGGCAUAACUGCGAGUAUUUAGUUCGGAAUCAAAUGGAGCUUUUCCUGGCCUCCGGUGGUGAUGUAGCUUGGCUAACGGACCCGACGACUAUACCAAAGCAGCUCAGAGCUCUACAUGACGUAAAUCUUAUACUAUGCCACAAGCCUUGGGAGCUCAAACAGCGGCAUAUGGAGGACUUACUUCGAGUUUGGUCGAAAGCCGACUUAGUGGUCGCUCUAGCUAUACUCAGUACAUUCCACACUCUUCCUGUUGUGGCAUUUGGCCUCGGUCUAGAAGUGGAACCAGAUCUGCGCCUCGAGCCUGGUGAAGUGUUUUUCGAUGAUCCCCCCUAUGAUCCUGACAACGAAAGAAUGCCUAGGCGAACAUGUAGAGCUAUCCUCAGCUGCUUCCUCGAUAACACUGGAUCGGUACCAUUCACUGCUCAGAAGCUUAUAGAGCAUGCGGCCAGAGACUCAGACGACGAGUCGGACAGCCAACCUUCUGUUGAGUACUUGACGAAGGAUCCAAUUACGCGGGAGGACUCUCAUCCAUCGUUUGGUAAACUCGCGGAUCACUAUUGGAUGUUCGGAUCGUCUCCAAAGACACGAGAAACUGAGACGAGCCGCCCGGCAUCAUCUUCAUCACAAGCGAAAACACGACAUACUGGUGGGAAGCAGCCUCAAAAUGCUGAUCCCUCUCCCCAAGCAUCUUCGUCAGCCAUUCGCCUGUCUGAGGGGAAAAAGUCCAAUUUAAGCUCAGUGAUGAAUGCUUACCCGCGUGUUCGAGCACCAAGUUGCAGACGGUUCCGGCACCCCUUCCACUCAUCGGAGGAUAGUAUAGGGGAGCGGGAGGAAUGUGGGCAUUGUGGUAAGCCCUUGCAUUAUCUGGAUUUUGACGUCCGAGGAUCGAGAGGCAUACCGUGGGACUCGCAGUUCUCUUGGGAUGAGCAGGCUCGUGUUCUGAUGAAUCACCUCUUACUGGAUGGCUCACUCACGGACGCUAUAGAUCGAGAGUAUACGGAAGCUCUAGAGUCUGCCACUGAUCAUAUAGGAUCGCGAAGUGUGCCGAGUACCCUCCCGUUGCGUCAGGCUAUUCUGGUCUAUGUGCAUCAAAUGUAUGGUAUAGCGCAUCACGACUACGACUACACUCAGCAGAACAAGUUCCUCACGUUGCUGCAGAAGGUUGUGUUGAAGAAGCUAGUAUGCUAUCCAGAACGGUUUUCUAAGGCUGAUUUCGGUCGAUUCAUGGACGUCGAACAGUUGGAGUUCUGGGAGAUGGCAGACUAUGUUUAUCUCAUCUUCCAAGCCCGUCGCGUGGUGGAGCUAACGUAUGCACUGCGUGCCCUCAACAAUGCGAUGUCGGCCUUGGAUAGUCAACUAUGUCAACGAUGAGGCGGCGGUUUUCAUUUCAUCUACCCAACGUUGUACUCGACAUCAGAUUGAGAUAUCGUGCUAUCUCACUGAUGUAACCGUGUUUGGGAGGGCACAUGUCUUACAUCCUCACCGUGGUUGUAUCGACAAGCCUCUAGCAUCGUUUCCACAGGUUUUAUUCGUAAAUCACCCUCUGUACUUGCUCGAUGUCAUAAUUAUAUUCUUUUGAUGAAGGCGUACUAUGUAGUUUCCUCAGCAUAAGUGUGGGGAAUGUGUAAU